AUUCCUUAUCCCUUAUGUCCUGAUCGCCCUGGUUGGAGGAAUCCCCAUUUUCUUCUUGGAGAUCUCACUGGGCCAGUUCAUGAAGGCCGGCAGCAUCAACGUCUGGAACAUCUGCCCCCUGUUCAAAGGCCUGGGCUACGCCUCCAUGGUGAUCGUCUUCUACUGCAACACCUACUACAUCAUGGUGCUGGCCUGGGGCUUCUAUUACCUGGUGAAGUCCUUCACCACCACACUGCCCUGGGCCACAUGUGGCCAUACCUGGAACACUCCCGACUGUGUGGAGAUCUUCCGCCAUGAAGACUGUGCCAAUGCCAGCCUGGCCAACCUCACAUGUGACCAGCUUGCUGACCGCCGGUCCCCUGUCAUCGAGUUCUGGGAGAACAAAGUCUUACGGCUCUCCGGGGGGCUGGAGGUGCCAGGGGCCCUCAACUGGGAGGUGACCCUGUGUCUGCUGGCCUGCUGGGUGCUGGUCUACUUCUGUGUCUGGAAGGGCGUCAAGUCGACAGGAAAGAUUGUGUACUUCACCGCUACAUUCCCCUACGUGGUCCUCGUUGUGCUGUUGGUGCGCGGAGUGCUGCUGCCUGGCGCCUUGGAUGGGGUCAUCUACUAUCUCAAGCCUGACUGGUCGAAGCUGGGGUCCCCUCAGGUGUGGAUAGAUGCUGGGACCCAGAUUUUCUUUUCUUACGCCAUCGGCCUGGGGGCCCUCACGGCGCUGGGCAGCUACAACCGCUUCAACAACAACUGCUACAAGGACGCCAUCAUCCUGGCACUCAUCAACAGCGGGACCAGCUUUUUUGCUGGCUUUGUGGUCUUCUCCAUCUUGGGCUUCAUGGCCGCAGAGCAGGGCGUGCACAUCUCCAAAGUGGCGGAGUCAGGGCCUGGCCUGGCCUUCAUCGCUUACCCCCGGGCCGUCACGCUGAUGCCUGUGGCCCCGCUCUGGGCUGCCCUGUUUUUCUUCAUGCUGCUGCUGCUUGGCCUGGACAGCCAGUUUGUAGGUGUGGAAGGCUUCAUCACCGGCCUGCUCGACCUCCUCCCGGCCUCCUACUACUUCCGUUUCCAAAGGGAGAUCUCUGUGGCCCUCUGCUGUGCCCUCUGCUUUGUCAUCGACCUCUCCAUGGUGACUGAUGGCGGGAUGUAUGUCUUCCAGCUGUUUGACUAUUACUCGGCCAGCGGCACGACCCUGCUCUGGCAGGCCUUCUGGGAGUGCGUGGUGGUCGCACCCGCCUCAGGAGCUGACCGGUUCAUGGACGACGUUGCCUGCAUGAUCGGGUACCGACCUUGCCCCUGGAUGAAAUGGUGCUGGUCCUUCUUCACCCCACUGGUCUGCAUGGGCAUCUUCAUCUUCAACGUGGUGUAUUACAAGCCGCUGGUCUACAACAACACCUACGUGUAUCCAUGGUGGGGCGAGGCCAUGGGCUGGGGCUUCGCUCUCUCCUCCAUGCUGUGCGUGCCCCUCCACCUCCUGGGCUGCCUCCUCAGGGCCAAGGGGACCAUGGCUGAGCGCUGGCAGCACCUGACGCAGCCUGUGUGGGGCCUCCACCACUUGGAGUAUAGAGCUCAGGACUCCGACGUCAGGGGCCUGACCACCCUGACCCCAGUGUCCGAGAGCAGCAAGGUGGUGGUGGUAGAGAGCGUCAUGUGACAGGCACCCUGGCUCCCAUCACCAGCUCACCCUCUUGUAGCCAUAGCAGCCCCUGCUCUAGCCCCCCCACCCCUCCAGGGGGCUUGCCUUUCCCUGACGCUUUUGGGGUCUGCCUGGGGAGGGCGGGGACGAAGCACCACGAGUGCUACCUAAAAUAACUUUUUUUUCCAUUUUUAAUAAAACGCCAAAAAUAUCACAACCCACCAAAAAUAGAUGCCUCCCCUGCCCCGCCCCCCAACCAAGCUGGUAGACACGCUGCUUCCCAGGCCCUGCCGACCGCCCUCCCC